CUUCGCAUUUACACGCCGCUUCCUGGUUCUCCUAACGGCUCGUUUCCCGUGACAGGUUCUCCUAAAUGCAGCCUUUUUCUCGCGGUUUCCCCUAACCUUCAACGGGAAUACAACAUAUACCAAGACUUUUGUUGGGACCUACGCUGCCAUCAUGAACACGGAGAAGGACUUUACUCCGUUGACGCCCAACAUCGUCCGGGCUCUCAAUGAUAAACUGUACGAGAAGAGGAAAGUGGCGGCCCUGGAAAUCGAGAAGCUGGUGCGCGAGUUCGUGGCUCAGAACAACUCCACUCAGAUCCGUCACGUCAUCCAGAUCCUGGCCUCGGAGUUCGCGCUGUCUCAGCACCCGCACAGCCGCAAGGGAGGACUCAUCGGCCUGGCCGCGUGCUCCAUCGCGCUGGGCAAGGAGUCUGGUCUGUAUCUGAAGGAGCUUAUCGAGCCGGUGCUCACUUGUUUUAACGACUCCGACAGCCGCCUGCGUUAUUACGCCUGCGAGGCUCUCUAUAAUAUAGUCAAGGUGGCCAGGGGAGCCGUGCUGCCCCACUUUAACCUCCUUUUUGAUGGACUGAGCAAGCUUGCAGCUGAUCCGGACCCCAAUGUCAAAAGCGGCUCAGAACUUUUGGACCGACUCCUGAAGGACAUUGUGACUGAAAGCAACAAGUUCGACCUCGUCGCAUUCGUCCCUCUACUAAGAGAGCGCAUUUAUUCCAAUAACCAGUACGCCCGGCAGUUUAUCAUCUCCUGGAUCCAUGUCCUGGAGUCCGUACCUGACAUCAACCUGCUGCACUACCUCCCCGAGAUCCUGGACGGCCUCUUCCAAAUCCUGGGGGACAACAGCAAGGAGAUCCGCCGGAUGUGCGAGGUGGUGCUUGGCGAGUUCCUGAAGGAGAUCAAGAAGACGCCGUCCAGCGUGAAGUUCGCUGAGAUGGCUAACAUCCUGGUCAUCCAUUGCCAGGUGGCGGAUGAGACCAAGGUAACCAACGACCUCAUCCAGCUAACCGCCAUGACGUGGAUGAGGGAGUUCAUCCAGCUGGCGGGCCGCGCAGUGCUGCCUUACUCGUCGGGGAUCCUCACCGCCGUACUGCCGUGCCUCUCCUACGACGACCGCAAGAAGAACACCAAGGAGGCGGCGAGCGCCUGCAACUACAGUUUGAUGAAGCUCGUCACUCCUGAGGAUGACGAUGACGACGACGAAGAGGAGAAAAGCGGAAGCGCCGAGUCACCGUCGAGAGAAGACAAGGUGGACGCUGGCGAUGGCGGCGACAUGCUGAACUCCUCGCAGGAAGCGGCGGGCUUCAGCAACAUCAGCUUCUUUGCCCCGGCGAGCACCGAUCGAUCUCAGGUGACUCUGGACAUGGACGGUAUCGUGCAGGUGCUAGACCGCCACCUCCACGAUGGCUCCACGGGCAUGAUGACGCGCAUCGCUGUGCUCAAGUGGCUCUACCACCUCUACAUCAAGACGCCGCGCAAGAUGUUCCGUCACACAGACAGCCUCUUCCCCAUGCUGCUCAAGACCCUCUCGGACGAGUCAGACGAGGUCAUCCUCAAAGAUCUGGAGGUGCUGGCCGAGAUCGCCUCGUCGCCGGCCGGGCAGACGGAUCCGGCGGCGGCAUGCGACGGGCUCGACAGCAGGCCGGCGCUCAAGGUGCCGGACAAGGUGGGCAAGACCGGGGUCGCCGAAUCCUCGCCGUCCACCCCGAGCAUGAACUCCUACUUUUACAAGUUCAUGAUCAACCUCCUGAAACGCUUCAGCGCCGAGAGAAAGCUGCUGGAAAGCCGAGGGGCGUUCAUCAUCCGCCAGCUCUGUCUGCUCCUCCAUGCCGAGAACAUCUUCCAUUCCAUGGCGGACAUCCUCCUCAAGGAGGAGGACCUGAAAUUCGCCUCCACCAUGGUGCAGACGCUCAACACCAUCCUGCUCACGUCCGCCGAGCUCUUCCAGCUGCGCAACCAGCUGAAAGACCUCCGCACAGCCGAGAGCUGCGCGCUCUUCUGCUGCCUCUACCGCUCGUGGUGCCACAACCCCGUCGCCACCGUUUCGCUCUGCUUCCUCACGCAGAACUACAAACAUGCCUACGACCUCAUCCAGAAGUUCGGCGGGCUGGAGGUGACGGUGGACUUCCUGAUGGAGGUGGACAAACUGGUGCAGUUGGUGGAGAGUCCCAUUUUUACCUACUUGCGCCUUCAGCUGCUGGACGUGGAGAGCAACCCGUACUUGAUCAAGGCGCUGUACGGGCUGCUGAUGCUUCUGCCACAGAGCCAGGCCUUCCAGCUGCUCUCGCACCGCCUGCAGUGCGUCCCCAACCCGGAGCUGAUGCGGACGGUGGACGGGACGAAGCGCGCCGACGCCAAGGAGCGCGAGGCAGAACGCAAGCGCGCCCCGCACGCCAACGUGGACUAUGGCGAGCUGCUGCGCCACUUCGACUGCGUGCAAGGCAAACACCUGGAGGUGCGGCACCAGCGCUCAGGGCGCGUGGCCGAGCUGCCCGACAGGAAACUGAUGUGAGGCUGCACCAUGCUGAAAACAAAAAAUGGAUUAUUGGAACCAAAUAUGAUAUUAUGAAGCUUGUACAUACACUGGCAUGACGAGAAUGUUCAAUUCACCCAUUUUCUUUGUACUCGUGAGUGUCGCGGGACAAUUGCGAGUCUCGAUUUCCGUUUUGGGGAUGAAGGGGAGAACGUGUAAAUUCAACACAGGAAAGCCCGGGGGCAGGGAUUUGAACCUCGAACCUCAGAAUUGCGAUGCAGACAUGCUAUCACUAUUACACUGUGCUGUUGUGAGAAUUUUAUGUUAAAAAAAUGAGUACUGUCUGGUCACACUGGUUACUUUUUUUUUUUUU